CAUUGCAUCCUUCGGGAAGCCAAGAAGAUAUCAAGUCAACGUGACCAUGCAGCCAGACAACGACGAAAGCAGCAAGUUCCUUUUCCUUGACAAUGACUUUAAAAGCACUGGAGUGGCCCAAGCUGACUGGUCAGCCAAAAAGAUGGUGUGGAUACCCUCAGAGAAGGAGGGUUUUGAGUCAGCCAGUAUCAAAGAGGAGACAGGGAACGAGGUUCUGGUUGAACUUGACAAUGGGAGGAAUGUGACGGUCAACAAAGAUGAUGUGCAGAAAAUGAACCCGCCCAAGUUUAACAAAGUUGAAGAUAUGGCUGCGUUGACUUGCCUGAAUGAGGCCUCGGUGCUGCAUAACCUGAGGCAGAGGUAUUUCUCGGGUCUCAUUUAUACCUACUCAGGCCUCUUCUGCGUGGUGGUGAACCCCUACAAGAUGUUGCCCAUCUACUCUGAGAAGAUCACUGAGAUGUACAAAGGGAAAAAGUGCCAUGAGGUUCCUCCUCAUAUCUACGCCGUCACUGACAAUGCCUACAGGAACAUGCUACAAGACCGUGAUGACCAAUCUAUUCUCUGCACUGGGGAGUCAGGUGCCGGGAAAACUGAGAAUACUAAGAAAGUCAUCCAAUACCUUGCCGUUGUGGCAUCAUCAAACAAAGGGAAAAAAGACACCACCUCUGUGAGUUUACAACAUGGAGAGCUGGAGAAGCAACUCCUCCAGGCAAAUCCCAUUCUAGAGGCAUUUGGAAAUGCAAAGACCAUCAAAAAUGACAAUUCCUCAAGAUUUGGUAAAUUUAUUAAAAUCAACUUUGAUAACACUGGCUACAUCAUCGGAGCCAACAUUGAAACUUACCUCCUGGAAAAGUCUCGGUGUAUUCGGCAGGCCAAAAUCGAGAGAUCCUUUCACAUCUUCUAUUACAUGGUGGCUGGGACCAAAGACAAAAUGCGUGAGGAGCUUUUGCUUGAGGACUUUGGUAAUUACCGUUUCCUGGUAGCUGGGCAUGUGCCGGUCCAAAGCCAGCAAGAUGAUGAGAUGUUUGAUGAGACUCUGGAGGCCAUGGAGGUCCUGGGUUUCAAUGAGGAGGAAAGAAUGGGCAUGUUAAAGGUGUGCUCUACUGUCCUGCAACUGGGGAAAAUUGAGUUCAAAGCAGAGAAGAACCAAGAGCAAGCCAGCAUGCCAGACAACACAGCGGCACAGAAAGUCUGCCAUCUGCAAGGGAUUAAUUUGACUGAUUUUACCAAAGCCAUUCUCACUCCUCGCAUCAAAGUUGGCAGAGAACUUGUACAGAAGGCUCAGACAAAAGAACAGGUCGACUUUGCCAUCGAAGCCUUAGCCAAGGCCAUCUAUGACCGUCUGUUUCGCUGGAUCUUGGCGCGUGUCAACAAAGCUCUGGAUAAGACAAAACGCCAAGGAGCCUCUUUUCUGGGUAUUUUAGACAUUGCUGGUUUUGAGAUUUUUGAGGAUAACUCAUUUGAGCAGCUGUGCAUCAACUACACCAAUGAGAAACUGCAACAGCUAUUCAAUCACACCAUGUUCAUCCUGGAGCAGGAGGAGUACACGAAAGAAGGAAUCGAAUGGAGUUUCAUUGACUUUGGUUUGGACCUCCAGCCCUGCAUUGAGCUCAUUGAAAGACCAAACAAUCCUCCAGGCAUUUUAGCUCUUCUAGAUGAGGAGUGCUGGUUUCCAAAAGCAACGGAUGUCUCUUUCGUUGAAAAACUCACAAACACUCACUCAAACCACUGCAAAUUUUCCAAACCCAAGAAUCUAAAGGAGAAGACGUUCUUCACUGUGCAACACUAUGCUGGCAAAGUGGAUUAUAAUGCCACAGCCUGGUUGACAAAGAACAUGGACCCACUCAAUGACAAUGUAACAGCAUUGUUGAGUAAUUCAUCCAGUGCUUUUGUGCAAGAAAUCUGGAGAGAUUUGGACCGUGUGGUGGGACUGGAAACCAUGGCUAAAAUGGCUGAUUCAGCAGCUCCUACUGCUUCAAAGUCCAAGAAAGGCAUGUUCCGCACCGUGGGACAGCUGUACAAAGAGUCUCUUGGCAAGCUUAUGACAACCCUCCAUAACACUCAACCAAACUUUGUACGCUGCAUCAUUCCCAACCACGAGAAAAGGGCUGGGAAGAUAGAUGCCCAUCUGGUUCUAGAGCAGUUGCGCUGUAACGGUGUACUGGAAGGGAUUCGAAUCUGUCGCCAAGGUUUUCCCAAUCGCAUCGUCUUUCACGAGUUCCGUCAGCGUUAUGAGAUCCUGGCUGCUGGUGCCAUUCCAAAAGGAUUCAUGGAUGGAAAACAGGCCUGUACCCUUAUGAUCAAACAUCUAGACUUGGACCCCAACCUGUACCGGAUAGGUCUGAGUAAGAUAUUCUUUCGUACAGGUGUGUUGGCACAACUGGAAGAAGAACGCGAUCUGAAACUGACGGUGAUUAUAAUUGCCUUCCAGGCCCUGGGACGUGGCUUUCUCAGCAGAAAGGCAUUCAGCAUGAGACAAAAACAUCAGACAGCCAUGAAAGUCAUUCACAGGAACUGUGCUGUAUAUCUUACACUUAGAAACUGGCAGUGGUGGAGACUCUUCAGCAAAGUCAAACCACUGCUUCAGGUGACCCGUCAAGAGGAGGAGAUCAGUUUUAAAGAAGAGGAGCUUCAAAACGCCAAAGAAAUUGCACACAAGGCGGAAAGUGAACUACAAGAGAUAACACAGAAACACGACAAGCUGCUUGAGGAGAGGAACCAUCUACAGGCCAAGCUGGAGGAGGAGACUGAAAUGUAUGCAGAGUCUGAGGAAUUGAGGAUACAACUGGAGGCAAAGAAGCAAGAGCUGGAGGAGGUGCUGCAUGAGAUGGAGGCUCGUCUAGAGGAGGAGGAGGACCGCAGCCAGAGGCUUCAGCAGGAGAAGACAAACAUGCUGCAACAACUCAAGGAGUUCGAGAACCUUUUGACCCAGGAAGAAGAUAUGAAGCAGAAGCUCCAACUGGAAAAGGGCGCUGUGGAUGGAAAUGUUCGACAACUUGAGGGCGAUCUCCUCAUAAUGGAGGAUCAAAACAGCAAAUUGCAGAAGGAGAAGCAACUGUUGGAGGAGAGGUUAGCAGAUUUCUCCUUAAACCUUGCUGAGGAGGAAGAAAAAUCCAAAAACCUGACCAAACUGAAGACCAAACAUGAAUCUAUGAUUUCCGAUCUUGAAGUUCGUUUAAAUAAAGAAGAGAAAAGUCAACAGGAUCUGGAGAAAACCAAACGGAAACUGGAGACAGAGUAUAAGAAUCUCCAAGAGCAGAUGACUGACCUGCAUGCUCAGUUAUCUGAAAUCAAAGCGCAAAAUACCCAGAGAGAGUUGGAGAUUCAGGACCUCCAGACAUGUGUGGAAGAAGAAUCAGCUCAAAAGAGCAAUGUCCUUAAUAAGAUACAAGAAAUGGAAGGACUUCUCUCAGAGCUUCAGGAUGAACUUCAAGCUGAACAGGAGACCUGCAGAAAGUCAGAAAAGGCUAGGAAAGAGUUGGGAGAAGAACUGUCGGCUCUGAGGUCUGAACUGGAGGACACACUAGACACCACAACGGCCCAGCAAGAGCUUCGGGCUAAGAGAGAGCAGGAGGUGGUGAUGUUAAAGAAAAUGAUGGAAGAGGAAAGCCGAAGCCAUGAGGCUCAAGUUUACGACAUGAAACAAAAACACAAUCAAACUGUACAUGAGCUUAGUCAGCAGCUAGAGCAAUCCAAAAAGGCCAAAGCCAAUCUGGAAAAGACAAAGCAGUCCCUUGAGAAGGAGGUUACAAACCUUAAUGAAGAACUUCACUCACUGGGUGAUGCAAAACAGGAUUUGGAGCACAAAAGAAAGAAGAUGGAUAGCCAGCUUUGUGACCUUCAGACUUGCCUCGGUGAGAGUGAGAGGCAGAAAGGAGAGCUUGGAGAAACAGUGUCCAAACUCACUAUGGAACUUAAGAGUGCAAAUAACCUCCUCAGUGAGGCAGAAAGCAAGAAUAUUAAGCUGAGUAAAGAUUUUUCCAGUCUAAACCUCCAGCUCCAGGAUGCACAGGAGUUACUUGCGGAGGAGACCCGUCAGAAACUCAGUUUGUCUACUCGGCUGCAUCAAACCGAGGAUGAUCGAAAAAAGCUGCUGGAACACAUGGAGGAGGAGGCAGAGGGCAAAAGAAUUGUGGAGAGACAAGUAUCCAGCCUUAACACACAGCUGUCAGAUUCAAAGAGGAAGCUGGAGGAGUACUCCAGCAAUUUUCAGCUCUCGGAAGAAAGCAAGAAACGUCUGCAAAGAGAUCUUGAGGCUGCACAUACACAGUUUGAGGAGAAAACUGCAGCUUAUGAAAAGUUGGAGAGGACUAAGAAUAAUCUUCAGCAAGAGCUGGAGGACGUGCUGUUGGAUCUGGACAACCAGAAACAACUAGUAUCAAAUCUGGAGAAGAAACAACGGAAAUUUGACCAGAUGCUUGCUGAUGAGAAGACCAUCUCCAACAAGUAUGCUGAAGAACGUGACCGUGCAGAGGCGGAAGCACGAGAGAAGGAGACUAAAUGCUUGGCUUUUAUUCGAGCGCUGGAGGAAGCCCAGGGCUCCUUACGAGAGUUAGAGAAACAUAAUAAGACACUUCGCACCGAGAUGGAAGAUUUGAUCAGUUCAAAAGAUGAUGUGGGCAGAAAUGUCCAUGAGUUGGAGAAAGCAAAGCGUGGAUUAGAAGCUCACGUGGAAGAGAUGAGGAUUCAGAUGGAGGAACUUGAAGAUGAAUUGCAGACUGCUGAGGAUUCUAAACUUCAUCUGGAGGUUAAUAUGCAGGCCCUCAAAGUCCAAUUUCAGAGAGACCUUCAGGGCAGAGAGGAGCAAAGUGAAGAGAAGAAGAUACUACUGCUCAAGCAGGUACGUGAGCUUGAGAUUGAGCUAGAAGAUGAGCAGAAGCUGAGAAAUUCUUUGGCAGCUUCCAAGAAGAAACUUGAGGGAGACCUGAAGGACCUUGAAGACCAAGUUGAUGCAAUCGCCCGGGCCAGGGAUGAAGCUGUCAAACAACUACGCAAGACUCAGGCUCAGGUGAAAGAUACCAAUAGGGAGCUGGAGGAUGCAAGAACAUCCCAUAAAGAGGUUACCUCUGAUGCUAGAGAAUCUGAGAGAAAGGCCAGAACCAUGGAGGCAGAAAUCUUGUAUUUACAGGAGGAAUUGGCUACAGUGGAGAGGGCCCGUAAACAGAUUGAAAGAGAGAGAGAUGAGUUAGCUGGGGAGUUGACAAAUGGCUCAUUUGGAAGAUCUGGCAUGUCUGAUGAGAAACGCCGUCUAGAAGCCAAGAUCCAACAGUUAGAAGAGGAGCUGGAUGAGGAACAGGCAAAUACAGAGAUACUUAAUGAUAAACUGCGGAGGAGCACGCAACAGGUGGAUCAGCUUACCAAUGAGCUGCAAGAAGAGCGAUCCACCACUCGGAGGAAUGAGAGUGGCUGGCAGCAGAUGGAAAGGCAAAACAAAGAGCUCAGGUCCAAGCUGCAGGAGAUGGAAGGGCAGGUCAAAUCCAAGCUACAAGCCUCUGUCACCGCCCUCCAGGCCAAAUUACAUCAGGUGGAGAACCAACUGAACCAUGAGAGCAGCGAGAGACAAGCGAUUGCCAGGGCCAUGCGACAAAAGGAUAAAAGACUGAAAGAGCUCGCCCCUCAAAUAGAAGAUGAGCGCAAACAGACAGAGCAGUUUAAAGACCAGGCGGAGAAAGCAAAUAUGAGAGCCAAGCAGUUAAAGAUGCAGGUGGAAGAGAGUGACGAAGAGUCUCAACGUGCAACGGCUGCCCGUCGCAAACUUCAGAAAGAGCUAAAUGAGGCCAUAGAGGCCAAUGAAGCCCUGAGCAGAGAGGUCUCCUCACUCAAGAGCAAACUCAGGCAUGGAAGUGACUCCUUUAGUAACUCCUCAUGGCGUGGUGGAGGUGGGAGCUUUAGAAGAACACAGAGGAACAAGGUUGAGAGUUCUGAUGUCCCAGAAGAUGCAGGUCUUCCAGCAACGCUUGUGUGUCAGUCCGAGGAGUCUCAAAGGGAGCCUAUAAAUUCCACCCCAGCUGACAACUAAGGCCAUUAAGGCCUCAUGUCUCUAGACUUGUUUUUUUCACUAACAUAUAUUAACUAGUUGGUAGCGUGGUAUGCAAGUCUUUGAAUGCUUUGAAAACAGAAUUAAUAUGAUUCACACAUUUUUAAAACAUUCUUCUUGUGCUAUAACUGUGAUUUUGCUUCUGCACUAUUAACCUUGUCUU